AUGGACGCUAGUAACCAAGAUAUGGUAGGUUUAUUGGCCAGAGAAAUGAGGGUUAUCUUUUCUCCUUUAAUACUGAACAUUGAUAAAACCAACCGAGACAACUCUGAGACAUGUCGACAAUUGUCAGCGCAGAUGGGUCGAAUGGCAGACUUUUUACGCGCUCCUGAAACUUCGACGCGUCGAAGAACAAAUCAAAUAGUCAUUCAAGAUGAUGAACCCACCAUAAACCAAAUUCGACCCCCAAGACCACCCCCUGAAACAGAACCCUUGAGGGCAGGUUUAGAUCAACAGGUAGUUCAACAAGAUAUCCCUGAGGAACAGCCAGAAAGGGUAGUGGUGAAUAAUAGAAACCAAAAUGCUGACGAAAUGAUUCACAGGGUUAGGCAAAAUAAUCAGAUGGAAACAAAUCUAACUGCUAUGAUAGAGAGGAUUAUGACACAAAAUGGUUUGAACACAGGAUUACGAAGGCCAAAUUAUACGUCUCCUCUAUCAGAUUAUGUUUUGCAAACUGAAAUACCUAGGGGGCGCAAGGUCCAUAAGUUUACUAAAUUUUCAAGAGAUACUACUGAAUCUACCACAGAACACAUAUCCAAAUAUAUGACUGAGGCUGGAGAUUUGGCGAACAAUGAAGAUCUGAGGAUGAAAUAUUUUCCCAAUUCUUUGACCAAAAACGCCUUCACAUGGUUCACAACACUACCACCAAACUCCAUAGACACUUGGUCUCAGUUAGAAAGAUUGUUCCAUGAACAGUUUUGUUUGCUAAAAGCUAGAUGUUUUACAGUGGUACCUGAACACGAAUUAGUCGAAAUGGCAGCUGGAGGUCUAGAUUACUCCAUCAGGAAGAAUUUAGACACUCAAUAUCUACAAGAUAUGGCCCAAUUGGCUGAUAGGGUUCGCCAGGUUGAAAGAUUAAAAGCAGAAAAGGCUAGAGCAAAUAAAAGUUACAAGAAAGAAAGGGUCACUUACGUCGAAGUAGAUGAAGGAGAACCAGAAACCUUCGAAGACCAGUAUGGUUCAGAUACAGCCUAA